UCCAAAUCGGGCUCGGUGUGGUUGGGUUGAAGGAAAAGUUGGAUGCUGUCGGUUUAGAGAUGGGAUACUUAAAGCUCUUGAUGGUGGAGAAUUUCAAAUCAUGGCGAGGGCAGCAAUGCAUUGGUCCGUUCAAGAAAUUCACUUGCGUCAUUGGUCCUAAUGGUUCAGGAAAGUCAAAUGUAAUGGAUGCCCUUAGUUUUGUUAUGGGUGAAAAAGCAUCUAAUUUAAGAGUGAGACACGUUCGGGAACUUAUACAUGGAGCACAUGUUGGAAAGCCAGUUUCUUCAACUGGAAGCGUAAGCAUGGUGUAUUGUGAAGAAAAUGGAGAAGAGAAAACAUUUUCAAGAAUUAUCCGAGGUAAUGGUUCCGAAUUUCUUGUCAAUGGUGCUGCUGUCAAUCGAUCGGCAUAUACAAAAGAACUUACAGAAAUUGGCAUAAUUGUUAAAGCACGGAAUUGCCUGGUUUUUCAGGGUGAAGUCGAAUCAAUUGCAAUGAAGAAACCCAAGGAAAGAACGCAGCUUUUUGAACAAAUUAGUAGUUCAGGAGAGCUUGCUGUUGAAUAUGCUGAAAAGAAAACGCUUAUGCAGAAAGCAGAAGAAGAUGCUCAGUUUAGUUACAAUAAGAAGAAGAAUGUGGCAGCUGAGCGUAAACGUGCAAAGUUAGAGAAAAAUGAGGCAGACCAUUACCAGAUGCUUUUUGAAGAACUGAGAGAGUACAAGAGUCAGCUGCAGCUUUUCCAGUUAUAUCACAACGAACAAACAACCAAAUUUUUCCAGAAUAAAUUGGCUUCAAAAAUCAUAGAUAUUGAUACUAAGAAAAUAGCAAUUUCUAAUGCAGAAGAUACAGUAAAAGCCAAGAAAAAGAUGCUUGGAAUGUUAAGCAGAGACCAGCAGCAUAUUGAAAAGGAAAUUAAAUCUCUGGAAGCUUUGCUGAAUCAAAGGAAAUCUCAAUAUGUAAAAGCCAAAGAGAAAACCACUCACCAAAUUAAAAAAUCAGACAUGGCAAAGGAAGUCUUUAAAAAGCAUAUGAAACAGCAGGACAAGCAAGAAGAAACCAAAAAAGAACUGGAGGGAGAGCUGAAAGAUAUCGAUAAAGCACGGCGAGCAUUUGAAAGAAAGGUUGAAGAGGAGACCUUGCUGCGGGCGGAAGACGUUCUGCUGGAAGAAAGUCAGCUAAAUAAAUAUAAGGAACUGAAAGAAUUAGUGAGGAAAAGAGUAGCAAUGUUGGUUCAACAACAGGAAAAAUUGCAGUGGGAACAAAAAGCAGAUGAAGAAAAAAUGUCAUUUGACAAGCGAAGACAGAAAGACAUUGAGGGAAGCCUAAAACAAGUUAUGGAACAGAUAGAAGAUCACAAAAACCGAGCUCAGAAGCUACAGGAAUACAGCAGCUCAUGCAUGAAAUCUUUAUUGGAGAAGAAACAAGAAGAAGAAUUGCUGGCCAGUGAACUAGAACAUUCAAAAACACAAAUGGCCAAAGUAAACGAGGAACUUAUUAAAAUUGUCAGUGAUCUUCACAAUGCUAAAAUUGAUGUCUAUGAGGGGAAACGUCAGCAGAUGAGAGCGGAAAACCUGGAGAGCCUCCGAAGGCUGUAUCCUGGUUCUGUGUUUGGAAGGGUCGUUGAUCUGUGUCAUCCUAUCCAUAAAAAAUACCAGCUUGCUAUCACCAAACUUUUUGGCAAGUACAUGACUGCGAUUGUUGUAGCUUCAGAAAAAGUGGCUAUUGAGUGUAUCGCUUUCCUCAAGGGAGAGAGAGCUGAGCCAGAAAUGUUUCUUCCUUUGGAUUUUCUUGAGGUUGAACCUAUCAAUGAACAGUUAAGAGAGAUAAAAGGAACUAAAAUGAUGGUUGAUGUGAUACAGACAUCUUUUCCUCCCCUUAAGAAAGUGAUUCAGUUUAUUUGUGGGAAUGGUCUGAUUUGUGAAACAGUAAAGGAAGCAAGGCAGAUGGCCUUUGAUGGACCCCGUCGACUGAAAACAGUUGCUCUUGAUGGAACUUUAUUUUUGAAAUCUGGAAUAAUCUCUGGAGGAUCAAGUUACUUGAAAAUGAAGGCUAGAUGCUGGGAUGAAAAAGAAAUAAAUGAGCUUAAAGAGAGAAGAGAGAAUCUGAUGAAUGAACUGAAGGAUUUGUUGAAAAUCCAGCGCAGGGAGGCUGAUUUAAGGCAAUUACAGGCUCAGUGCCACGGACUUCAAACUCGACACAAAUAUUCAAAAAGUGAGCUAGACUUAAUUGAGAAGAAACAGCUGUCCAGUUUCUCCAAGGAGAAAUCUAAGCUGGAAAGUGAAUUGGUAAAUAUUCAGUCCCAGCUUGCUAUGCUGAAUGAAGAAGUUUUACAGAGAGCAAGAAAAAUCAGUGAGUUCCAAAAGAAAAUUGAUGAGGUAGAAGAUGGUGUUUUCCGUGAAUUCUGUGAAGAGAUUGGUGUAGAAAAUAUUCGUGUAUAUGAAAAAGAACACUUGCAAAAGCAGGAAGAAAUUGACAAGAAGAGAUUUGAAUUUGAAAACCAGAAGACACGACUAAGUGUUCAGCUUGAGUAUAUUUCUGACCAGCUAGCAAAGGAGAUCAACAAGUCAAAUUCUCUGAAAGAGACUCUUUGCAAAGCGGACGCUGAGAUUGCCAGCUUUAAAAAGACAAGAGGCCUGGCUUGGCUGAGAAAGACGAGGCCAGUUAAGAAAACUGAGGUUGCCAAAGCUCAGAGUCAAGUGGAGGAGCAAAGGACAAUAUUGCUAACUCUGAACAGAGAGUUGGGAAAGUUACAAAAGGAAGCUGUGGCCAUUGAGACCUUGCUGGAAGAGAAAAAACUAGAAAGGCAUAAUCGGCUUCUUGACUGCAAGCUCUGCAAUGUAAAGAUAAACCUCCUUCUGGGAUCUCUGGAUGACAUCAGUGAAGUAGAGCUAAGAAGUGGUACAGAAAGUACAGAAGCGACAGCCGAUAUCUUUGAACGAGAGGAGGCAAUGCGUGUAGAUUAUAGCAGUCUUGCAGAUGAGCUGAAGGAAUUGCGAUCUGACAAAGAGACCGAGGCCCACCUGGCACGACUUCAGCAAGAAGUGACAUCUAAAGAAAACACUUUAUUAAAAAAAGCAGCCCCAAACAUGAGAGCCUUGGAGAGAUUACAUAUUGUCACAGGCAGAUUCCAGGAAUCAACUGAUGUGUUUGAGGCCAGCAGGAAGGAAGCCAAGUUAUGUAGGCAAGCAUUUGAACAAGUGAAAAAAAGGAGAUAUGACCUAUUCAGUCAGUGUUUUGAGCAUGUGUGUAUAGCUAUCGAUCAGAUAUACAAGAAAUUGUGCAGGAACAACAGUGCUCAGGCAUUUCUUAGUCCGGAGAAUCCUGAAGAACCAUACUUGGAAGGCAUCGGCUACAACUGUGUAGCUCCAGGAAAACGAUUUAUGCCGAUGGACAACCUGUCAGGAGGUGAAAAAUCUGUAGCAGCCUUGGCUCUUCUGUUUGCAAUGCACAGCUUUAGACCGGCCCCCUUUUUCGUUUUGGAUGAAGUGGAUGCAGCUCUAGAUAACACAAACAUUAGCAAGGUAUCAAGUUUUAUCAAGCAACAGUCCCAUGAAAAGUUUCAGAUCAUAGUUAUUUCUCUAAAGGAAGAGUUUUAUUCUAAAGCAGAUGCUUUAAUUGGAGUUUGCCCUCAGGAAGAUGAUUUCAUGUUCAGUCAAGUCUUCACUGUGGACCUUACUCUGUAUCUAGACCCACAUGAAAAUGAAAGACAGCUGAAGCGCAAAAAGAGCUCUGUGUCAAAAUAAAAUAUGAAGUUGGUCAGUGUUUGGAUAAUGUUGCUUAACCACUGUUGUGACAAAUUUGAAUGUUACUAAUGAGUAUUCCUAAAACUUUGGAGUUAAAAGUCGUGACUGCUUUAAGUCCGAGUGCUGAUUGUUUAGCUUUAUGACAAGUAUGUUCUCCAUACUAUAUAAAUUGUAUCUCUUGUAGACAGAGGUUUAUUUUUGUUUAAGCUGUUUUGGAGAGUUUUUUAAGUACUUUUCUUGCUCAAAUGACCCCUUAGGUGUGUGUUUUUCCCUUAAGGGUUUUGGAAACCACCAGGACUUGAAGCUGCUCAGAAUAACUUGCAGUUGGGAAAACAGACUUAGGGAAGAUUUUGCCCCCUCCCCCAGUCUUGGUCACUCCAGCAGAAGUAGCUUUUCUAGUUUUUUUUUUAAAAAGACAUGCAUCUGCAUGCAGUAUUUCAUUUAACCUUGAGUCACUACAACACUAAUAGUGCCUUUCAAAGCAGCUAAUGAGCACUGGGGAACUGCCAUUUAGUGGAAACUUAACCAAGGCCGUCAAAACUGACUCACCAGAAGUCAGGACUGUGCUUUCUUGGCCAAGUGAAUGUGUGUCUGUUAAUGGUGAUGUCAUAUACGUUGGACAGUUGCCGCAUCUGGACGUUUGUUAAAUGCUAGUUUCUGAUUAAGUUGUCUAGCCUUGCUUUGAGUUACUGUUACCAAUGAAAUGCCAUUAAAUCUUUAU